GAGCAUUAUUUUUCGUAACUUUCAAAAGGGCAUAUCGCACGAUAUGCCCUAAUCACAUGUUAGUACCGAAUAGUCACAACAAGCCGAACGCGUCGUGGAAACUUUUAUUUUGCAUCACUAGUUUAGAAAAUAUAAUACUUAUUUCAUACGUUUAAAGUAGCAGUGAUGACAUCCUCUCAAGAUGCUUGCUACAUUUCUCUGUUGGGAUUAGCAGAAUAUUUCCGAACAUCAUCACCCCCGAAUAUCAAAAAAUGUAUUCAGUGUUUGCAGGCAUUGUUUACGUUCAAACCGCCGCUGAAGGUGGAGGCUCGUACGCAUCUUCAGUUGGGUCAGAUUCUGCUGGCGUACACGAAGAAUAUCGAGUUGGCUCGAAACCACUUGGAACAGGCUUGGAUGCUUUCGGAAAACAUCAACAAUUUCGACGAUGUUAAAUUCGACACAGCUAGUUUAUUGGCGCAGCUUUAUCAGCAGCAAGAGCAGAGCUCACUAGCAAAGCCGGUCUUACGGAAGGCUAUAGAAUUGUCCCAACAUAAUGUUUACUGGCAUUGCAAAUUACUUUUCCAGUUGGCACAAACUCAUGCCACUGAUAAGGAGUAUGCAUUGGCAUCGGAACUGCUCGCAGUCGGUGUAGAAUCGACAGAUGAAUCUAAUGCAACCUAUUUGAAAUCUUUAUUUCUGCUUAGUCGGGCUAUGAUAAUGAUGAUCGAAAGGAAGAGUAGCGAUGUACUGGCCAUUCUGAACCAAGCCGGGGCAAUAAUUGAUAACGCCGUUCAGAAUAUUCAUCUGAAGGAAUAUUUGAAGGUUUUUUUUUUCGUGCUUCAAGUCUGUCACUUCUUGCAACUGGGACAAGUUAAAACUGUAAAGACUAGUCUAAAGCAAUUACAGCAAAGUAUACAGACUAUAAUGGCACCGAAUUGGCCCUCAGAUGAGCAAAUCUUUGGGCAAAAUAGCACCGAAAUGUUCAUGUGGUUGCCGAAAGAACAGCUCUAUGUGUUAGUUUAUUUGGUCACUGUGUCCCAUUCGAUGAUGGCCGGUUAUAUGGACAAAGCUCAAAAAUAUACGGAAAAGGCAUUGACUCAAAUCGAGAAAUUAAAGUCUCAGGAGAACAAACCUAUUUUGGCAGUGUUUCAAAUUAUUUUGUUAGAACACAUAAUCAUGUGCCGUUUGGUUAUGGGAAACAAAUCGCUAGCCAUAAAAGAGAUUGCUCUGGCUAAAGAUGUCUGUCUCUCAUCUCCGAAUAAGUUCCUUCUUAAAAAGCAUUCGGCACAAUUGCACUGUCUGUUGGGACUGUAUUCCAUGUCGGCUAGUUUAUUCGAUCAUGCCGAAAGGCAGUUCACCAGUUGCAUCCAGGAUACAACCGAGAGAGAUUUGAAACUGUUCGCCAAUCUAAAUCUAGCAAUCGUAUAUUUACGAAUGAAGCGCGAACACGACUUGCGACAGAUUUUGGAACAAGUUCAGCAGGAAAACUCGCAGUGCUCCAACAGUCAGGCGUUGAUGGGAAGCUUCUACUACGUGCAAGGACUGAAUGCGUUUCAUAAGAGUAGUUUUCAUGAAGCAAAACGCUUUCUUCGCGAAACCCUAAAAAUGGCGAAUGCCGAAGAUUUGAACCGGUUAACAUCGUGUUCCCUUGUACUGUUAAGUCACGUUUUCCUCAGCAUUGGUAACUCAAAGGAAAGCAUGAACAUGGUCACACCGGCUAUGCAGCUUGCUUCGAAAAUACCAGACAUUCAUGUACAGUUGUGGGGCAGUGCCAUAUUGAAAGAUCUCCACCGGAUGUUGAAAGAGCAGUCGCUAGAGAACGAAGCGUACAACAACCACCUUAAUUUCUCGCAAAAUUUGAUUGCCGACCAGUUGAAAUGCACCAAGUUUCCUGAGCACACGUUGAUCAAUUGGUUACAGGGUGACCCACCGUUGCCAAUGUUGACCCAAGAAAUACCGGACAUGGCACCAAUACAACAAACGGCUACAAUCGUUCGUGUACCCGGCCAAUCGGGUCAGCAGGUUAUCUACCAGUAAAGUUGAUCGGGUUGGAUUUUCGAAUGGUAAUGUAGUCAACUGUACUAGUGUUUGUGCUUAAAAUAAAAUUGUAUUUCUCCGUCUAAUAUCAAUAAAUUUAUCAUGACAUUCGUGUUUUCAAUGGCUUUUA